UGACUGGGGAAAGAUGGCGUGAGCCAGGGCCCCGGGGAGGCAGCACCCUCACUCUGUCCCUGCUCCCUCCGGCAGGCAGCGCCAUGAGCGACGUGAUGGAGAAGACCCUUUCGGCGCUGCCGAGUCUCCUCUCCCUCGAGCCCGGCGCCAAACUUGCCGCCGCCUCCAGGCUCGGAGCUUUGAUCAGAGGAAUCACUGAGCUGGCGUCGAAGCAGGAUGAGGAAAAAUUAAUAAAGAAGGAACUAGCUGCAUUAAAAGAACAGGUUUCUGCUCCUAGCAUAUCACUGAAGCAGAUGCGAGAAUGUCUGGUGCGACUAAUCUACUGUGAAAUGCUGGGGUAUGAGGCCUCCUUUGGAUACAUUCACGCCAUCAAACUAGCUCAGCAGGGCAGUCUAAUGGAAAAAAGAGUUGGUUACUUGGCCGUGUCUCUCUUUCUAAAUGAAAGCCAUCAACUGCUGCUUCUGCUGGUGAACACUGUAUUAAAGGAUCUGCAGAGCACUAACCUACUCGAGGUGUGCAUGGCUCUGACCGUUGCGAGCCAGCUAUUCCCACCAGAAAUGAUCCCUGCAGUUCUUCCUCUGGUUGAAGAGAAGCUUCAGCAUUCUAAGGAAAUAAUAAGACGGAAGGCAGUGCUUGCCCUGCACAAAUUUUAUCUUAUUGCUCCAAACCAAGUUCAGCAUAUUCAUGACAGAUUUAGGAAAGCUCUAUGUGACAGGGACCCUGGAGUCAUGGCUGCCUCCCUUCACAUCUACCUACUGCUGAUCAAGGAAAAUCCGGAUGGCUAUAAAGAUUUAACUGGGAGCUUUGUAACAAUUCUCAAGCAAGUAGUUGGAGGAAAACUUGCAGUGGAUUUCAACUAUCAUAGUGUACCAGCACCUUGGCUCCAGAUUCAGCUGCUGAGAAUUUUGAGAUUACUGGGAAAGGAUGAUCCUGUAACAAGUGAACAAAUGUACGAUGUUCUGGACGAGUCUUUGCGAAGAGCUGAAAUCAACCACAAUAUCACUUAUGCAAUUUUGUUUGAGUGUAUUCAAACAGUAUAUACUGUACAUCCAAAGGCAGAUCUAAUGGAGAAGGCAGCCACGUGUAAUGGAAAAUUUAUCUUAUCACCUAAAAACAACUUGAAGUAUCUGGGGUUAAAAGCCCUCACAUACGUAAUUCAGCAAGAUUUGAAUCUUGUUCUUCAGCACCAAAUGACAAUAAUUGAGUGCCUGGAUCAUUCUGACCCAAUUAUAAAGCGAGUGACUCUAGAAUUGCUCUACCGAAUCACAAAUGCACAGAAUGUAACUGUUAUCGUCCAAAAACUGCUGGAGUACUUAAGAGAAAGCAAAGAUGAAUAUGUCACCAUCAGCUUAGUUGGCAAAGUAGCUGAACUUGCUGAAAAAUAUGCUCCCAACAAUGAGUGGUUUGUACAAACCAUGAAUGCAGUGUUCGCAGUUGGCGGAGAUAUGAUACCGUCAGAUAUCCCAAGCAACUUCCUGAGGCUGCUGGCUGAGGGAUUUGAUGAUGAAGUGGAAGACAAGCAGCUGAGGCUUUAUGCAGUGAAUUCAUAUCUUGCACUUUUGGAAAAAGAUCAAGUUCAAUAUCCUCAGAGAUUCCUACAGGUUAUGAGCUGGGUGCUGGGAGAGUAUUCCUACCUCAAAACAGAAACCAAAUCAGAAGAUAUCAUUGAAAAACUGCAUUGUUUACUCGGGAAAUGUUCUGUGAGCUCAGAGACAAAAGCCUGGAUCUUGAGUGCAAUUACCAAACUCUGUCGUCUAACACUGAAUGUCAAAGUACUACCUGAAGUCCUGCAAAGCUAUGGCAAUUCAAUGGAUUCUUGUUUAAGACAAUGCUCUUUUGAGUUGAAGCAGCUUGUUGAGAACAGAGAAAUAAUGAACACUGUUUUACCUCUGGAUGCAAGUUGCGAUGAUAUUGUGGUCGAUGCUUCAUUAUCUUUUCUUGAUGGUUUUGUUGCUGAAGCUUUGGGUCAUGGUGCUGCACCUUAUAAGCCACACCAUCAAAGACAGGAAGAGAAGUUGUUGCAAGAGAAAGUGUUGAACUUUGAGCCAUAUGGACUAGCUUUUGUUACAAGCCCACAAGCCUCCAGUGUUACUGGAAGGCAGUCACCAGCAGGAUUAUCCAUCGGUUCUGAGAUUUCUUGUAACAGCACAGAAGCUGGAAUAAAAGAUUCAAAUAGUCUUAAGCUCAAUGGAGUGAAGAAAGUGUGGGGCAAGGAGGGUUACCUUCGGAAGAAGGAGUCCAAAGUAGAAGCUUUAGCAAGUCUCGGUUCUGAAAGUGAAACAACUACAGACACCUCCUCCAAAACUGAAAGAACUGCAACUGUUUCUGCAGAAGAACAGGAAAAGCAGCAGUUGGCAUCCUCACUGUUUGUUGGGUUGGGAUCCAACAAUUUAGUCAGUCUGAUGGGAAAACCUCAGAGCAGUACCCAGAAAGUUUGGAGAAAAUCAAAGAUUGUUGAGGGACAAAAUGGUCAUGAGAAAGCUAUGAAUGCACAGAAGACAAUUGUUCCACAUCCCCCUCAAAUUCCAAACCUCAUGGAUAAUGUCGUAGAAAGAUGUAGUCCCUUCCAAGAAAGUAAAGCAAUGCCGUCAAGGGAAACAUCAUCUGACUCUGCAGAGGUCCUUACAGAGCAGCCUGCCCAAGGAUAUGACAGAUCAUGGACUUCAAGUAACAACUUGAAGACAAUCAAAGCCAUGCCUUCAGCAUCAAAGGAACCCUUUUCAGGUCUAUUUGCAGAUGGAAAUUUUGACAUCAUACAGCCUGCAAAUUGCUGCUCUGCCUUUGAGGCUCAUGACCAAAUCUCCGGUCUAACUCCAAGUUUGCCAGAAGAGUUUGCUGAGCAUGCUCAUUCAAAGCUUGAGCUUCUUUGUGCCAAUGAAAAUAUAGCUUUGUUUUCCUGUAAAAUUUGGAAAGAGGACUGUCUGCUAAUCCCUUUGUUUAUUACUAACCGCAGCAGUGUGGAAGUUCAUAAUGCAACAGUCAACUUUGCAUUAACUGACGAAUUGGAGACUUCUGAGAGCACGGACUUCCCUUUUCCAGUGGUGCAAUCCCAAACCACAGUCAAAUGUCACCUCUGUCUACAGAUGGUGAAGCCAUGUACCCAGGCGCUACUCACAGGACACCUUACUUAUCAGCUAGAGUCCAGUCAUUGUACCCAGGAGGAAUUUGCACUCACUCUAUUUUUAAUUGAUUUCAUCAGGCCAUUAAAACUGACCACUGAAGAAUUUGGGCAUCUCUGGCUUUCACUUUCCAACGACGUGAAACAAAAUCUCAGCUUUGCAUCAAAUUCACCUGAAGCUCUGAGUUUAGCACUUCAUACACUGCAGAAAGAACUGAAGCUACAUAUUGUGGAUAUUAUAGGAACAGAAGGGAUUAUAGCAUGCCAACUGCUUCCAUCAACGCCCUGUUUAUUUCACUGUCGAUUUCAUGGUGGGAUUUUAUCAGUGUGGCUGCGAUCACCUUGCAGUGUCCUUCCAGACUGUAUGUUAUAUGAAUGCCAAAAGGUGAUGCAAAAUGUUCAACUUUAGCAAAACCUCAAGCCAAAACUAAAGUGGACUAGCUUAUCUAAGCUUCAUUGUGGUUUGCAGAGGUUGUUGAGUAGAUUGGACUCAAGAUGACUGAAGUGUUUGGUGCAAGAUGUUUUGUUAAUGAUCAGUGAGGAUUGGUUGUUCAAGAACAAUGACACAACACAAAAAUGGUUUACCGUGGUCAGUAAUGUUUAAUUGCAGAAUAAGAGAGUUUUGCAAUAAUUAAAACAACCCGAUACAGCAGCUACUUGACUGAUUUUUGUAGUGUCUGCGAUAAAUUUGUCUUCCUGGUGGUUUCUUUGAGAGAUGCUCAAAUAUUUCACUUUGAUAUCAUUUCCAAAGUGUUUUUUUUAGAAUGGAAGUUCCAGUUAAGACCUUGGCAAUUGCCAAGAUGUAGCAAUGAAAUUCCGAGUGUGUGCUAGUGGGAACUAGAAGAAAUUAGAUAAAACAUAUUUGAAAUUUUGGAGAUGUUGGGAUUAAUGAAAUAAAUGCACAGUUUCCUAGAUUUUUAAAUGCCAAUAGCCUUUGGAUGCUGUAAUAUAUUUACAGUUUACAGGUGGGCUUAAAAGUUCUCAUUUUUACAAUUUCACCAAAGUGCACGCCAAUUUAUUCUGCCUGUGGUACAACUUGAAGUAAGUUAUGUAUUGGUAAUCUAUUCAAAUACCUGAAGUAUUUUGUACAUAUUUUUGUCUUUUUCUAAGCACUGAAAUGAUCAAAUCUGUAUUCUUUAUGUUAAGCAUUAAUAUUGAAUCUUGUUUGCUGUAGUUAGAACUGAAACACAGGAGCAGUGAAGCAAUGUCCUGUACUAAGCAGCAAUUUACUGCUCAAGUGUUUAAGUUCUAACACUCAAAUUCAUUACAAGAGCUCUACUGGUUUGUUGCACUAUAAUUAAGUGAGUUUGCUUCUUAUUUUUUGCACUGUGGACAAGAUAAAAGUAAAAAUCAGGGAAGACUUUUCAUGGUAAAACAGGUCAACCCUGGAUGUAAUUUAAUAGUGUUUAUUGAAGACUAACCCAAAGCCUUAUGUUUGUAUAAUAAUCCAAGCUGGUUUGUACCUAUGGUACAAUGUCCCUAUUUAAUAAUGGAUAUGUAUAUCAUAUAUAUAAAAAUCAUAUUGUGCGUGAUUUAUUAUGAUUUUCUUAAGCACCUGUAGUUUAAUAAAUAUACCAUGCUUAAAAAAAAGUCUUUCAUCCAUAUUCUGACUUCUAUCCUGUUUCUCAGUACACAGCUGCUUCCCAUAUCAUCUUCCUAUGAAUCGUACUUCACAACCUGGAGUUCCGUGAGUUCAGACUCAUCACCGGCACUGACCAGUCAGAAUUGAUGGUACUGCGCCACUGUGAUGUAGUCUGGUUUCUUUGUAGAUACUUAAUUCAGCGUGAAAUAUUUACUAAUUCUUUUACCAUUCUCUUUUCAAAGACAAAAUGCAUAUGAACUAUAUAUAUUUCUUUAGAAAA